AUGAGGCAGUUAGAAAGAUCACACCAGGAGACAGGCCAGGACACCAGGAGACAGGCCGGCACACCAGGAGACAGGCCAGUACACCAGGAGACAGGCCGGCACACCAGGAGACAGGCCAGUACACCAGGAGACAGGCCAGUACACCAGGAGACAGGCCGGCACACCAGGAGACAGGCCAGUACACCAGGAGACAGGCCGGCACACCAGGAGACAGGCCGGCACACCAGGAGACAGGCCGGCACACCAGGAGACAGGCCGGCACACCAGGAGACAGGCCGGCACACCAGGAGACAGGCCAGUACACCAGGAGACAGGCCGGCACACCAGGAGACAGGCCGGCACACCAGGAGACAGGCCGGCACACCAGGAGACAGGCCAGUACACCAGGAGACAGGCCGGCACACCAGGAGACAGGCCGGCACACCAGGAGACAGGCCGGCACACCAGGAGACAGGCCGGCACACCAGGAGACAGGCCGGCACACCAGAAGACAGGCCGGCACACCAGGAGACAGGCCAGCACACCAGGAGACAGGCCGGCACACCCGGAGACAGGCCGGCACACCGGGAGACAGGCCGGCACACCAGGAGACAGGCCAGUACACCAGGAGACAGGCCGGCACAUCAGGAGACAGGCCGGCACACCAGGAGACAGGCCAGCACACCAGGAGACAAGCCAGUACACCAGGAGACAGGCCGGCACAUCAGGAGACAGGCCGGCACACCAGGAGACAGGCCGGCACACCCGGAGACAGGCCGGCACACCGGGAGACAGGCCGGCACACCAGGAGACAGGCCGGCACACCCGGAGACAGGCCGGCACACCGGGAGACAGGCCGGCACACCAGGAGACAGGCCAGCACACCAGGAGACAGGCCAGUACACCAGGAGACAGGCCGGCACAUCAGGAGACAGGCCGGCACACCAGGAGACAGGCCGGCACAUCAGGAGACAGGCCAGGACACCAGGAGACAGGCCGGCACAUCAGGAGACAGGCCAGCACACCAGGAGACAGGCCGGCACACCAGGAGACAGGCCGGCACACCAGGAGACAGGCCGGCACACCCGGAGACAGGCCGGCACACCGGGAGACAGGCCGGCACACCCGGAGACAGGCCAGCACACCAGGAGACAGGCCAGUACACCAGGAGACAGGCCGGCACAUCAGGAGACAGGCCAGGACACCAGGAGACAGGCCGGCACAUCAGGAGACAGGCCAGCACACCAGGAGACAGGCCGGCACAUCAGGAGACAGGCCAGCACACCAGGAGACAGGCCGGCACACCAGGAGACAGGCCGGCACACCAGGAGACAGGCCAGCACACCAGGAGACAGGCCGGCACACCAGGAGACAGGCCGGCACACCAGGAGACAGGCCGGCACACCCGGAGGACAGGCCGGCACACUGGGAGACAGGCCGGCACACCCGGAGACAGGCCGGCACACCCGGAGACAGGCCGGCACACCGGGAGACAGGCCGGCACACCAGGAGACAGGCCAGCACACCAGGAGACAGGCCGGCACAUCAGGAGACAGGCCAGGAGACAGGCCAGCACACCAGGAGACAGGCCGGCACACCAGGAGACAGGCCGGCACACCAGGAGACAGGCCAGCACACCAGGAGACAGGCCGGCACAUCAGGAGACAGGCCAGUACACCAGGAGACAGGCCGGCACAUCAGGAGACAGGCCGGCACACCAGGAGACAGGCCAGGACACCAGGAGACAGGCCGGCACAUCAGGAGACAGGCCAGCACACCAGGAGACAGGCCGGCACAUCAGGAGACAGGCCAGCACACCAGGAGACAGGCCGGCACACCAGGAGACAGGCCGGCACACCAGGAGAGAGGCCAGUACAUCAGGAGACAGGCCGGCACACCAGGAGACAGGCCGGCACACCAGGAGACAAGCCAGGACACCAGGAGACAGGCCGGCACAUCAGGAGACAGGCCAGCACACCAGGAGACAGGCCGGCACAUCAGGAGACAGGCCAGCACACCAGGAGACAGGCCGGCACACCAGGAGACAGGCCGGCACACCAGGAGAGAGGCCAGGAGACAGGCCAGCACACCAGGAGACAGGCCGGCACACCAGGAGACAGGCCGGCACACCAGGAGACAGGCCGGCACACCGGGAGACAGGCCGGCACAUCAGGAGACAGGCCAGGACACCAGGAGACAGGCCAGUACACCAGGAGACAGGCCAGCACACCAGGAGACAGGCCAGUACACCAGGAGACAGGCCGGCACACCAGGAGACAGGCCGGCACAUCAGGAGACAGGCCAGGACACCAGGAGACAGGCCGGCACAUCAGGAGACAGGCCAGCACACCAGGAGACAGGCCAGCACACCAGGAGACAGGCCAGGAGACAGGCCAGCACACCAGGAGACAGGCCAGCACACCAGGAGACAGGCCAGCACACCAGGAGACAGGCCAGCACACCAGGAGACAGGCCAGCGUGUUGCCUUCGUGA